GUAAUAAUUGCAUUAUUGCGUUUUUUAGACAUUUAGAAAUUAGAAUUGUUAAUAGUUAAGAAAUUUAGAAAUUAUAAUGGCUAAAGACAAAAUAAUCGAGAAAAUAAUUAAAAUUAAAGAAAUAACGAAAAAGAGACGUCAUUGCUUGUUUAUACAGGCGAUACGAGACGUAUUUUGCAGCAAAACAUAUGAACACAGAGUGGUCAAGACUGCUUUUCACUUUCCCAUCGGAGUUUUAUUCGCUUUGGGAUUGCAUUACGGUAUAAUCCAAUACUUAGAGUUGGAAGAAUUUGUCAUGCAAGUUUUGUCGCUCACUUUAGGCUUCUGUUUAACACUGGGUUACGCCCUGUCGGUACAAAUUCGAUGUAUGUGUUGGUUGGUAUUACCUACUAUUUUUGGAAAAAGUGGUAGAGCUUAUUUGGUCAGUUUAGCUAUCACUCAUGUCAUUGAUGGUCCUUUCGAUAACGUGUUGUACAAUACUAACGAAUCUGUUCGAGUUAUGGGGUGCAUCACUUCUCUUGCUUUUAACCAUUCGAUUGAGAGAUCCCGCUUGAUGUUUCGUCCUAUCAAACAAAUGGCAAACGAAUUCAAUAAUGGAGGCAAUGUUUUACAAAAAGAAGUGCAAAGAGUCGUCGAUAGUUACUUCCCCAUACAGAAUGAGGUAGAAGGAAAAGAGGAAGUGACUGAGAAUAUCAGAGAGAUAGAAAACCUUGAUAAGCAAAUAAAUGAAAAUCGUGUUCAAACAAUAGAAGAAAGAUUCAGAAAGCGUAAUCAAAGUGGAAUUGGAAUGAAGAAGGAGUUGAAUUAUAGGAAAAAACUUGAAUAUCGUUGCGAAUAUCUUUUUACUAAGGCUGUUGAAAAUUGUCGAAACACUCUUCGGGAUACGCAUGCUAAAUGCUUAUCAAGAGUAUUUUUAGUUGGCUGGCUUGUUUGUGCUCCCUUACUCAUGCAUAAUGCUUGCGAUUUAAUAGAAGCUAAGAAAGGUGAAGAUGGUUGUCGAUCCGAAAAAAAUAUCAAUAAAAAUUUCGGAGGGGGUUACGAGUCAUUGGCGAUGGUAGACCAAGAAAUGCAUGAAAAUUUCAUAUUUAAUUUGCAAUAUAAGAUGAAUCUCCCGAAAGAGAAAGUGCAUCAAGCCACUCCCGAAGACAUAACUGAAGCUUUGGCCGAGCGCUUUACUACGAAGAAAAAACUGGCUAAUUUAGUGAUCAUUGUUAUCAAGCGCUUCUUGGCUUUUGUGUUUCUCUUUGUCUUUCUCAGGCAAGUUUAG